CCAACACUCAACACUAAGCAUCUAAAGGUCUUUAAUCGUCUUUAGCUCCUUCAGUUAGUCGUCAAUCUAGAGUCGUAGUGCUUUUCGGAGUGGAAUAUGGAGCCCAGCAACACUCUGGGGCCUGAUGAAGGUGGUAUGCGUCCAGGAAGCUUUCCGUUACUGAGCCUGCCACGUGAGCUUCGAGAUAUAAUAUACGUUUUCGCUCUGGAGCCGAGAGCAGACUUUCUCUUCCGAACAUUGAAUGGUUACGAAGACAAACAUCAUAGGCCAAUGAGGAUUGGUUUACAGGGCUUCCGAAUUGUUCAAGAAGUGUUUAGUUCUGACAUAGAGGAAGAAGCAUCUGGUCAAUAUUGGAAAGACGGUAUCAUGUGGCUGUGGUAUCGACUCUCGGCUUCCUCGGCCCUCUUAUUCACCUGUAGGCAAAUUAGCCUCGAGGUACAAGAAGCGAUGGCAUUUUUGGGCGGCUUGAUGGAGUCAUCUCUCCACUACAAUCGCUUCGCGGAGUCCCCUGACACGAGAUUCCUGGAUAUCUGCUCCCGUAGUUGUUUCGCCAUCCUCAGCAUCUCGGCUGCGCCUUCGAUCAAGGUCUUGCGAGGACUUCCACAGCCAGUCCGUUCACGGAUUAAGCAUGUUGUCUUUGGUGUAAAAUGGCGUAACCUUUCUUCUCGUUCCUUUUGGGUUGGUGCCUACACAGAUGAAAACCAAGUCUGUAUACUCGACUACCUUGCCCAAACAGUGCCACACGUCCGUGAAGUUGGGAUAUUUGUCCCAUUUGAUCAUAGCGAUCAAAGCUCAACUGUUCCGGCGCGGCUCGUAGAGAUGCUGAAAAGAGGGGAAAUCGAUACCCUCCGGCUUAUGGACUUAAAUUCGUCUCUGCCAGAGGGUGACUGCUGGUUUCUGCGAGGUAGCACCCUUGUGGAAAAUGAGCCCAGUCACGAGCAAUUCAUUCCAGUGGACGGAGUUGUCACAUUUGAAGAAGAGAAACUUGGAGGGGGGCUGUGUCAUAUUAUUGAACAGUGGUACCAUAUGAAAAGUAAGAAAAGGUGGCCGUGGCUUGACGCGGGAAGCGUAGUUAAGAUGAUUAGGAUUGAGAAAGGUGUAGAAAGGAGGCGGAAGAUGGUGAUCUGGGAUUACAACGAAGAAUUGGACUGUUGA